AUGUAUGAUCACAAUCAUGAUCCUACUUCAGAUGAAACAGCUCGUUCUUUGUUGCUUGAGGGAGGUUCUGAAGAAAUUGAACGAAGAAAACGACAGAUGGAUGAGAAAAACUUGAAAGAAGACGCCGUCAAGACGACUGAGCGUCUGUCAGAUUUACUAUCCAAGAUGGGCGAACAAGUAUCGCAAAGCGAACAGACAAUGGACAGCUUGGUUCAUUCAAGUUCAGUUCUGGUGCAGACUCAUAAAGAAUUCGAAGGACACGCUAGCCAGAUCCAGGUGUGUUUUUUUGUUCGUUCUUAGUU